CUCUCCAUCUCUCACGCGUUCAUGUUCCUCUUCCGCCCUCCAUCACAUCCCACCUGUCUUUUACUGUCUGUGGUCUAACGUCCUUAGCGCUGUGCGACUGUAGUGCAUUAUUAUUAUUACCGUGUGUAGACAAUUCGUCUUGUUUACAGUAUUUUCCAGAGCCCCACUCAUCAUGGCAUUAAGGAGUGUGAGUCGCCUGCUUGUGAACAGCCAGAGAUGUGUCCUCUUUACAGCUUCCAGAUCACAGAAGACUGCUGCAGCUUCUCCAUGGGAUGCAGAGAAGUCUGGCGAAAAGAAGCAAGUGAAAACACCUAAAGCGCAGUUUAACUGGCGUGAUGCUUUAGAUCUGGAAGGUCUCCUGACGGAGGAGGAGAUCAUGAUUCGAGACAGCUUUCGCACCUACUGCCAGGAGAAACUCAUGCCGCGCAUCCUGAUGGCCAACAGAGAUGAAGUAUUUCAUCGUGAGAUUGUGUCUGAGAUGGGGGAACUUGGUGUUUUGGGACCCACUAUUAAAGGUUACGGCUGUGCUGGCACAAGUUACGUGGCGUACGGUCUCAUCGCGCGUGAGGUGGAGCGAGUGGACAGCGGCUAUCGCUCGGUCAUGAGUGUGCAGUCCUCACUGGUCAUGCACCCCAUCAAUGCUUACGGCACAGAGGAACAGAAGGAGAAAUACCUGCCCAGGCUGGCACGAGGAGAGAUUCUAGGUUGUUUUGGACUGACAGAACCAAACCAUGGUAGUGACCCGGGCGGCAUGGAGACCAGGGCCAAAUACAACCCAUCCAGUCGUACCUUCACCCUCACCGGCUCCAAGACAUGGAUUACUAACUCACCAGUGGCUGAUAUCUGUGUGGUUUGGGCCAAAUGUGAGGAUGGGAAGGUACGUGGCUUCCUCUUGGAGCGUGGCAUGAAGGGUCUUUCCACUCCUAAGAUCGAAGGCAAGUUCUCCCUGCGGGCUUCAGCCACCGGCAUGAUCAUCAUGGACGAGGUGGAAGUGCCAGAGGAAAACCUGCUGCCCAAAGUUUCAGGACUGGCGGGUCCGUUCGGGUGUCUGAAUAAUGCUCGCUAUGGCAUUGCUUGGGGGGCUCUGGGAGCCGCAGAGUUUUGUUUCCACGCCGCGCGUCAGUACACACUGGACAGAAUCCAGUUUGGAGUUCCUCUAGCCAGAAACCAGCUGAUCCAGAAGAAGAUGGCAGACAUGUUAACAGAGAUCGCCAUCGGCCUACAGUCGUGUGUUCAACUGGGCCGACUGAUAGAUGAGAAAAAAGCGGCACCAGAGAUGAUAUCUAUGCUGAAGAGGAACUCCUGCGGUAAAGCCCUGGAUAUCGCUAGACAGGCCCGAGAUAUGCUGGGAGGAAAUGGCAUCGCAGACGAGUAUCACAUCAUCCGUCACGUCAUGAACCUGGAAGCCGUCAACACUUAUGAAGGUACCCAUGAUAUCCAUGCCCUGAUCCUGGGCAGAGCCAUCACUGGACUGCAGUCUUUCACGGUCAACAAAUAA